AUGGACUCUCCUCCACGUUCCAACCUCAGCACGCCUCUGGAGAGCGAUUCUCCAAGCCUGGUGGACACGCCAGCCACAGAGUCCUCUAUCCUAUUUGACAACUUCGAGGAGUUGCUCAGAAGACUUCCCCAAGAGAAUCAAUGCAUUCUCGUCACUGGUGGUCUGGGCUUUAUUGGAAGUCAUACUUCCUUGGAGCUUUUGAAGGCCGGCUAUAAUGUCGUCGUGAUCGACAACCUGAGCAACUCUUUCGAGGUCGUAUUUGAUCGAAUCAAUCUUCUGGCCAAGAAGCACCAUGAGCAAAAUGGCACCAACAUGCCCACCUUGCGACUCCACGCUCACGAUUACCGUGACACCUCUGCCCUGGAAGAUCUUUUGCAAGAGUAUCGCCUGCCCAGCCGAUGGGGGGCCCCCAAGUCCAGAAUUGCGGGCGUCAUUCACUUCGCUGCUUAUAAGGCCGUCGAAGAGAGUAUCAAACAUCCGCUCAAGUAUUACGCAAACAAUGUGAGCGGUCUGAUUGACUUUGCCACGACGCUGGGCGACUUUGGCAUCAAGACUUUCAUCUUCUCUUCCUCGGCCACUGUCUACGGUACCCUAGCCACUUCAGGCCUACCCUUGAAGGAGGAACUCUGUGUCCACAAAGAAGAGCGAGUCACCGAACCCAAUGGGCAGACCAAGGUCGUCCAGCCAGGCUGCACUGGAAUCACGAACCCUUACGGUCGCACCAAGUGGAUGUGCGAGACCAUCCUGGCCGAUCUUGCAGCGUCCGAUCCCGAGUGGACAAUCGUGGCUCUCCGUUACUUCAAUCCCGUCGGAUGUGACUCCUCCGGUCUGCUUGGUGAAGACCCCCGACAGGCACCCACCAACUUGCUCCCUGUCGUCGUCAAGGUGAUGACAGGCCAGUAUGCUGAGCUGCAGAUGUUUGGUACGGACUGGGAGACCACCGACGGCACCGCCGUCCGUGACUUCAUCCACGUCACUGACCUGGCCCGUGGUCACAUUGCUGCCCUCAGCACAGCAAGCGAGGGCAAACUGGUGGAGAAUUUCCGAACCUUCAAUCUCGGCACGGGCUCUGGUAACUCAGUCAUGGAAGUUCUCAGCACGAUGGAGUCUGUGAUCUCCCGGCCUAUUCCCCGCAAAGGCUGCGCCUCGCCGUGA